AUGUCAACAUCAUACACAAGCCUGCAACCGCCUGCAGACACUCGAGACUCCUUAGAGCUGGGAAGUCUGGCCUCCAGCGAACCCGGUGCCCGAACAUCAACGGACUCGUCUUCGACUGCGGGCAUCUCCUCUUCUCGAAAGCUUUCCUUAGAAGGAGACGACCCUCUCGAUGUCAGAAAUCCGGCUGCGCAUGCGCGAGUCCCUCACAAUCGAUCCUACUCGAUAUCCUCCGCCUUCGAUUUCACGUCGAGCCUCUUUCCCUUAUCCUCGACGACCGGUAAUGGCUAUGCGCCAAUCGGCGCCCCUAUCUCCUCCUCCAGCGGGCAGCCGGGAAUGGGAGGAGGAUCAUUAGAGAAACACAAGACGUUAACAUAUUUGAAUGGACUGUCGCUGGUAGUGGGAUUGAUCAUUGGGUCUGGGAUUUUCUCAUCACCAAGUCAAGUCAAUAUCAAUGCCGGAUCUCCUGGAGCAUCUUUGGUCGUGUGGGUAAUAGCUGGAUUUCUAGCAUGGACGGGGGGAUCGAGUUUUGCGGAACUGGGAGGAGCAAUACCAUUGAAUGGUGGAGCCCAGGUCUAUUUGUCCAAGAUAUUCGGAGAACUGUUUGGGUUCUUGUACACAUGGUGUGCGGUCACAGUAUUGAAGCCUGGGUCAACGGCCAUCAUCACAAUAAUCAUGGGAGAAUAUCUGGUACGGGCAGCGAUUGGAGCUGAAGCAGAAAACAUCAAUCCUUGGAUCAACAAGAGUAUGGCUGUUCUCGGCUUGAUUGCAGCGACUGCCAUCAGUUGUACUUCGACAAGGCUAGGAACGAGAGUUGGGGACAUGUUCAUGUUCCUGAAGUUUAUUGCUCUUUUGGCAAUAACCGUAACGGGGAUUGUGGUGGCAGCUGCAGGGUUCAGUCAUGAUGGACAACCAAAUCAAGAUUGGAAACAUGGAAAUUGGUUUGAAGGGACGAAAACGAGUGCUAGUUCUUGGGCCGUAGCUUUAUAUGCUGGGCUCUGGGCCUUUGACGGAUGGGACAAUACGAGCUACGUUGUUGGAGAAUUCGUCAACCCAAAUCGUGAUCUACCCAAGGUCAUUCACACCGCCAUGCCUCUCGUCAUUUCAUCUUACGUCCUUGCGAACCUGGCCUAUAUCCUUGUCCUUCCCAUGAAGGUCAUCAACGGCUCUAACACAGUAGCCGUAAUGUUCGGCAGCAAAGUAUUUGGACCCAUUGGAUCCCUCCUCCUUGCCCUGGUUGUAUCAGCGUCAUGCUUUGGUGCCCUUAAUGCUACCACCUUCACCAGCGGGAGAUUGGUCUAUGCUGCCGGAAAGGAAGGAUAUCUUCCAGCGACCUUUGGGAAGAUAGGAGUUGGACGAGAAGAUGCAGCAACGACUCUUCAUACCCGGAACUGGGCAGCCAAACGCCUUGCUCACAUGCUUGGAGAUGAAGAGACUGGUCUCUUCUUCACACCCGUCAACGCUAUGCUGUUGAACUUUUGCUUGACGCUCUGCUACGUCGUAGUUGGCGAAUUCGCAACCCUUGUCACAUUUUAUGGAGUCGCGGGCUACACAUUCUAUUUCCUAACUGUACUUGGUCUCAUCAUAUUGCGAGUCCGAGAACCGAAUCUGGAGCGUCCAUACAAGACUUGGAUCAUCACGCCUAUAAUAUUCUGCUGCGUGAGCUUGUUUUUACUUAGUAGAGCUGUAUUUGCAGAACCGCUGCAGACACUCAUUGUCGUUGCAUUUAUAGCGGCCGGUGUACCGAUAUAUUUCUGGAGGGUGAAAGGACGGGAUCGAAGCCAGCAUACGAUGAGAGAGCGGAGUAAUAGCAUUGGACACGGAUGGAAGUUCUGGAAAUGGUUCCAGAGAUGA